AUGAGACAAAGGAGAGCACUUAGACAAUUCACUUUGAGUACAGGGAAGUCUGCUGGUAGGAAUUCCUCAGGGCGUAUUACGGUUUUUCACCGAGGGGGUGGAUCGAAGCGAUUGCAGCGAAGAAUUGAUCUGAAACGAAGCACUUCGUCUAUAGGCAUUGUAGAAAGGAUAGAAUAUGCGCCUAAUCGUUCUUCUCGAAUCGCUCCAGUACGAUGGACCGGGGGGGGGGUCCGCCAGAGAAAAUGCAACACGAUAGAAGAGUUCGCUCCGCCGCGUAAGAUCCUCGAAUCAAAAUCAACCACGACUACCCUCUGCGGUCCAUUUUCGUUCUCUUCCCUGCCCGGGAAGGGGGAUCAAAGAAAGGUAGCUUGCUUCUCUCCUGGACGGAUGGCGACUUAUGUAGUGGUCGGCCUUCCUACCAGAAUGCCUUCUUGGUCGAAGAGCCCCUUUUUUACUAGUAAGGACGCAGGAAGCAAAAAAACUUGCGCGAAGGACGUUUUCUUCUCUGCCCUCUCCUCUCCAAAGGCCAAAGGAGAGACUGCAUCCCUUUCCUUCGGUAGCUCUUUUGGUUUCCCAAGGAUAGCGGUAGCUGGGGCAAAGCCCGCUUUCUUCGCUCCGCGAAUGAGAGAGAAAGUCAGAGGAAAAAACACGUUCUCUCUUUGCGAGAUCCGAAAGUGGAGAACGCAUAGCAUUCUAUGGGUACAUAGGAUCAAACGUAAAGCAGCGCUCUCUUGGCAGAGUUUUAGGCGGCAAGAGACUUUAGGGCUUGUUGGAGCUUCUGAGCGUAACGAAUCGAAGCCGAAGACGGAUCAAGGUAGCUUGCCUGCCAAGCCGAUAGGCGAAGGGCUGAAGGAUGGAACGCGCAAAGUAGAUCGUGCACCUGUCACUUAUAUAAUAGCCAGUCAUCAAUUGGAGGCGGGCAAGAUGGUGAUGAAUUGCGAUUGGUCUAAACCUUCGACUAGCGACUUAUUGCGGCCUGCCCAGAAUGCCCAUACAGACUAA